AUGGCGUUCUCAACGUCAACUCACGACCAACGUUCAUCACUCGAGCAGAAGAUAUCACUCGAGCAGAGGCUCUCUCAAGACCAGCACGCCUCUCUCGAGGACGAGACUGUUCCCGCAGAUAAGAUUCUCGCCGUGCAAACCAGAGCUCAAGGGCUCCUUGAUCAUCGAGAAGACUUAAUUACUCCAAAGCAAGCGCGCUCAUCCCCUAAACAUCUCAACGCCGCGGGCCCGAGCCGCCAUUCUACGAUCCCGAACCUCCCGCAAGGCAGUGACCCGACCGCUCACACAUACCCGCCGCCCAGCGCCGAUGAUGCAGUCGUGAGUACUGCAGCGCUCAAUAACUCUCAAAUGACGGACCCUUCGAAUGAACUUCAGAAGCCGUCGUUGUUGUUCAAGCUUAUCUUUGCUAUGUGCCCGACGCGCAAGCAAACCGAGUCGCUUGCAUGA